AUGACUGUUACUGUGGAAAUUAAGAGGGGAAAAAGGGAAAUUGUCAAGUGUGCUGUUGUUACUGGGGCAAACAAAGGUAUUGGACUUGAGAUAUGUCGCCGGUUAGCAUCAAAUGGAAUCAUGGUCAUCUUAACUGCUAGAAAUGAGAAAAGGGGCGUCGAAGCUGUCGAAAAUAUAAGACAAUCCGGCCUUUCCGAUGUAGUAUUUCAAAAACUUGAUGUAAAAGAUUCUGCCAGUGUAACUUCCUUGGCAACUUUCAUUCAAACUCAAUUCGGCAAGCUUGAUAUCCUGGUGAACAAUGCGGGUGACGGCGGACUCAUUAUGAACUGUGAAGCUGUUAGAGCAUUCAAACUCAAGGGGAUUAAGGUUAGUGAUGAAAAUGCCAACUUGUUAAAAGGGUUGUGGAGCAAACAUAUGAGAAGGCAAAAGAAUGCGUGGAGACAAAUUACUAUGGAACUAAAAGAGUCACUGAAGGACUUCUCCCCUAACUGCAACUCUCCCAGUCGCCUAGAAUUAUGAACAUG